AUGAAAUUUUUUGCCACCCUUUUCCACAAUUAUUCCUACCUUUUCAUUAUUUUCAUUCUCAUUACUGCCUUAAUUUCUGAUACAUCAGCAGUUGCAAUUGAUAAAAGAAAAAAAAAGGAAAAAUGUGUUCAACAAUUAAACGCUGACGAUGCUAACAAGCUGAAUAAGUUUUACAAAACUCUUGAUAUAGAUUCCGAUUGUGAGAAUGGUGAAGUUGCUUGUAUAGGAAAAGAUGCUGCUAAGUGUGAUCAUGGUAAAUUCGUACUCAUUCCAUGUGCUACGACUCUACAAUGCUUUGCACUUCCACUUGUAAACAAACGAGGUACCAGCACCACUUGCGAUACUGUAGCAGACAAGGAAGCUCGUUUUGCGGCUGCAGAAAAAUGUGGAGGAUAA